CUGAUAAUCUCAUCCACAUCCUGAGCCCACUGAUAAUCUCAUCCACAUCCUUAGCCCACUGAUAAUCUCAUCCACAUCCUGAGCCCACUGAUAAUCUCACCCACAUCCUUAGCCCACUGAUAAUUUUACUUGUUCAAGAGUACAAAAUUUAUGGGGUAAUUUUCACAAGAAAUUACUUGAAAAUGCAUGUUUUUUCCAUCAUUUUCUAAAGAAUCUACCCAGUAUUACUGUCAAUAAAUUUUAUUGUGCUUGGAAAUUGGAAUGCCUUUGAUCCAUGUUAUUGGCUCCUUAGUCAUGAUUUUGAGAUUGACUUUGAUUUAUUUUGCAGAUUAUGUUAUUUUUGUAGUAAAAUUAUAAUGCAGUCUGUAUGUUCUGUAGGUAACUUGAGAUUUUUGAGGCCUAAACAUUUGAUUUCAAAGCACAUUAUCAGUCCUGAGUACUCAGUCUAUUCCAAAGCAAGAACUGUUUUAACUCAGAAAUCAACUUGCCUUGUUCCUACUUCUAGUACACCACAUAGAUUGGCUCAAUCAGUUGUGGGUGCAAUCUCUAAUUUUCCCAUCUCUAAUUCUGUAGAGCAAUCUGUGUCUCAUGGCAACAACCAUCAUCAUUCUGAUGAAAUGAAUAAUUUUCAUUUCAAAAAUUUGUUGCCCAAGUCCUUUCAUGGCAGCAUGGAGGACUUCUUUUCAGUGUCCGCUUUAUUGUUCGCCUCCUCAGCCGUGGUGGGGCUGGGAGUUGGGACUCUCCUGUCCAAGUUCAACUUGCCUUACAUAUGGAGUCACAAGGCAGAUCCCACAAGCAAGCGUCAUGGAGGAGAGAUUGUGGUGGAUGUGCUCAAGAAGCACAAUGUGAAGCAGAUCUUUACCCUCUCUGGCGGCCACAUCUCGCCUAUCCUGGUGUCUGCGGAGAAGGAGGGGCUUCGUGUUGUGGAUACUAGACAUGAGGUGACUGCAGUGUAUGCCGCAGAUGCCGUGGCCAGAAUGUCAGGCAGCGUUGGUGUGGCUGUGGUGACAGCUGGGCCUGGUCUCACCAACACCAUCACUGCUGUCAAGAAUGCCCAGAUGGCUGAGAGCCCUGUCUUGCUUAUGGGUGGUGCUGCUGCCAGCAUUCUGCAAGGUCGUGGAGCUCUGCAAGACAUCGACCAGCUGGCGCUGUUCAAGCCGCUCUGCAAGUUCACGGCCUCCGUCAGGAGCGUCAGGGACAUCGCGCCCACACUGCGCAAGGCGCUCAAGAUUGCCCAGUCCGGCACGCCAGGGCCGGUGUUCGUGGAGUUCCCUAUCGACGUGCUGUACCCGUACCCCAUGGUGGCCCGGGAGAUCGCUCCUCCAGGUCCUCCCCCCAAGAACAUGCAGCAGAGGGUAGUACAGUGGUACAUGCAGUACUACCUCAACAACCUGUACGCUGGUGCCUGGGACCAGAGGGAUCACUCGCCUCUCCCUCUGGACAUUCCCAUCGCUCCUAACAGCACCGUGGAGCAGUGUGCUGCCAUACUGCGCACAGCACGCCGUCCAGUUAUUGUUGUGGGUAGCCAGAAUUGGUCUAAACUAGGCCGCAAGUCAGGCAUCCAGAUGCGGCAGAAGCGCGGGGACUGUCUGAAGGAAGCUGACGUGAUCGUGCUGGCAGGAUCUGUCUGCGACUUCCGGCUGUCCUAUGGCCGCAGCCUUAACAAGAAGGCUAAGAUCAUUGCUGUCAACAGGAACAAGGAGCAGCUAUAUAAGAACUCGGACAUGUUCUGGAAGCCUGCCAUUAAAGCCCUUCAUAUCUCUAUCUUUUUGGCCGAGGUGCCCCCCGAGCAGCACCUGAACCCCCUGAAGGUGUUCACGGAGCUCGAGGAGAUCCUGCCUGACGACGCUGUCCUCGUCGCUGAUGGUGGAGACUUUGUUGCCACCGCAUCCUACAUCCUCAGACCUCGCGGGCCGCUGAUGUGGCUAGACCCUGGCGCCUUCGGGACGCUGGGCGUCGGCGGAGGCUUCGCUAUUGGCGCCAAACUCUGCAGACCGGACGCGCAGGUGUGGAUCAUCUACGGCGACGGUGCGUGCGGGUACUCGCUGGCUGAGCUCGACACGUACGCGCGCCACAAGCUGCCGCUCAUCGCGCUCGUCGGCAACGACGCGGGCUGGACGCAGAUAGCCAGGGAGCAGGUGCCCAUGUUCGGCAGCAGCGUUGCCUGCGACCUGGCGUACACGGACUACCACAAGGUAGCGGAAGGGUUUGGGGCGCGGGGCUUGUUCAUGGGGCGCGGCGACAGCAUCGCCGACACCUUCAGGAAGGCACAAGAGCUGCACGACCAGCACGCCCCCGUCCUCAUCAACGCCCUCAUCGGCAAGUCCAAGUUCAGGGAGGGAAGUCUCUCUGUCUAGCAGUCUCUGCAGGGCGGGCAGUGGGUAGUCUCUGUCUCAGGAAGGCAUUGUCUCUGUCUAGCAGUCUGUCUAGAGACAACUCAUUCGUCGAGAAUCCAGCCAUUUUUCGAUGCUUUCAUGUGGUGCGCAACUGUCUCGUUAUAACAUUAAGCCUCAAUAUAUAACUUGUUUAAUUGCCUUACUAUUCGUUGUAAGUAAAUAAUAGUUUUUUUGAUGCAUUGAUAUAGAGUAUAGACAUUUUUACUGUGUAUAAAAUUGUGUCAAGCAGACACCAAAUAUUCACAUGUAAAAUAUCGCAAUUUAUAAUCAUUGCUAGCUCUUCCUUUGGAACCCAUGACGAUAGAUUGGUUACGUAAGAAUUGAGAAUGCCAUUAUUCUGCGUUGUUGUAUUUGCAUAAUUUAAACUGAGCCCGAGAUUCUAAAAGCUUAAAAUGGCACACGAGUCAUAAAAUACUCUUUAAAUUUAAUGCAUCUAAAAACUUUUACACGGGUUACGUAAAGGAGAUUCACCGAAAUCUUGUUCGUCAAGCAUGCAUCGGAGGUUUGUUCAAUUUCUGUUUAGUUAACUUCCUACUUAUAUGGUAUAGGUGGUGAAAUGACAUUGAGAGACGUAUUUUGCAGCCGGUUUAGAUCUUAAAAUAUCAAUAUUUCGUCAAUUGUCAUUAGUGUCCAUGUUCAAUAUAACUAUAAUUUUAGUGAGGUUGGUCACUUCUCAAUGUCUGCAAUAUUAGCAUACUAUAUUUUUAUGCAAAAUCGUUAGAUUUGUUAUAACUUUCUUAACCGUGUAGUGCGUAAUUAGCUAUGUCAUGUUUAGUACUUCUUUCUCGAAAAUAUUCGAGCUACAAUAUAACUUUGUAACGAAGCUUCAAUAAAAUAUAGGAAAAAACUUUUACUGCAUCGCAACAGCAGUAGACAGUAACUUUUAAUGGUAAAGAACACAACAAUGGUGAAUAAAAUAAGACAGAAAUAUAGGUAUAUUGAAGAGAAGACGUUAAGAAAUAAUACUACAUCGAUAUAUACAGUCCGAUCACUUACAUUGAACCGAGCAUUUAGUUUUAACGAUAAAACAAGAACAAUAAACUUCUAACGCAGCCCUUGAGAGAGCGACUGCGGCUUUUCUUUUUCUUUGCAGAACAUUUCUGUCGUGUAUUUCUCGGUACGUUAAGUAACUAUGCAGUAAAGUAAAUAAUUGGCUAUUACUGAAGGGUAAAAGGACAUCAUAUUCUUCAGAACUUUCUAGAUUGAUAAUAAAUACAUAAUAUUCGCGAA